CACUUUGUGUAAUUGGUUGAUGGAGCGGUGGAGAAGACUUUGACUCGACACAGGAGCAGGUUGUCAUCGUCACAGUUCCAAUAAAGAAAAUCCCCCGAGGGACGAGGAAGAGAGGGAGUGGAGUAGAGACAGGCAAAGGCGAGGAAGAGAGGGAAGACUGCUUCAGCUCUUCAGCUGACUGAGUCGCGAUAGAAGCGCACGGCAUGUGUGAUUAGGGAGCACCGCGUCUGGAAGCGCUCGCUGUGGGAAGGUGGGAUACGGAGUGAAGAUCCUUCAGAACUGACCGGUGCCAAAAUUUUUUUGUUUAUAUCGUCAUUUAGCGGAUUAUCUGAGAAUCAUGAACGUGCCGCCCCCCGACCGCAGGAAAAACGUGCGAGAACUGGCUCUGGAAAUUGGCAUUCGAGUUCUGCUUUUCGGAGUUUUUGUGUUUACAGAGUUUCUGGAGCCAUUUGAGCGAGUGAUUCAACCGGAGGAGCUUUGGCUCUACAAGAAUCCUUUAGUUGAGUCUGACCAUAUCCCCAAGAGAGUCAUGUUUGCAAUUUCGUUUCUUACCCCACUAGCGGUGAUAUUUGUGGUGAAGAUAAUACAGAGAACGGACAAGACAGAAAUCAAAGAGGCAUGUUUAGCUGUGUCCCUGGCUCUUGCCCUGAAUGGCGUCUUCACAAACACCAUCAAGUUGAUUGUUGGCAGACCAAGGCCGGAUUACUUUCAGCGCUGUUUUCCUGAUGGACAAGGAAACGCAAAGAUGCAGUGCACUGGAGAGCCAGAUCUCGUUUCCGAGGGACGCAAGAGCUUCCCCAGCAGUCAUUCCUCCUUCGCCUUCUCCGGCCUUGGCUUCACCUCCUUCUACCUGGCAGGGAAGCUGCAGUGUUUCACAGACCAGGGGCGAGGGCGUAGCUGGCGUCUCUGUGCCAUGGUGCUGCCUCUCUACAGUGCCAUGAUGAUUGCCCUGUCCCGGACUUGCGACUACAAACACCACUGGCAAGACGCCUUUGUUGGAGGAGUGAUCGGGUUGCUGUUUGCGUACAUCUGCUACCGCCAGCACUACCCACCUUUUCUGCACACGGACUGCCACCUGCCUUAUGCCAGUCUGGCUGCCACUACCCACACACCCGCACAUGCCCAGGAGGACCCCCAGCCCACUGACAAUGCCACCACCCUCCCUCUGGAGGGCUUGACAAAAGGGCCAGUAUGACUAGUGUCCACCACUGAGACUCCCCCGACACACUCACAAAACCACCAAGCCCAACUCCCCAUUCCCACUGACUGAGUGGCGCUUGUUGACAUUCCAGUGGACAGUUAUGCCCCUCACUGAUCCCCAUACACUUACACCCAGUCUCGGUGGCACCUUCAUACUUUUUUUUGUUUAUCCUUUUAUAUCUGUUUCUUGCUUAGCAGCUGUGAAUGUCUAUAUUUAGAUGUGAUGUUAGGAGAAUAUGGGACAUCACCACUGAGAGUGGAGAAAGAAAAGGAAGCAGGUUUUACUAAUGGCUGUUAAAGUUGUUAACAAAAUAAAGCCAAUUUCUUUGCUGGAUUUGAUUUAAUUAAUGAGAGAUGUUGUUGGCAGCUUGUGUUAUGCUGGAGUGUAUUUAAUAGUUGUAUUUUGCAGUUAGUUUGGAAACCCCGUUUAAAAUAUCACAGCAAUCAAACCAUGAAAUCAAAGUACUGUAAUAUAUUUAUUGAAAGAUUUAUUUAAAGAGUCUUUGUGAGCAAGAAAUUAUGGGAUUUCAGAGCAAUUAGAUACCUAUUAACAUUCUGGAGUAGAAUUUCUGACACUGCUUUUUCAGAGGCAAACGAGAUUCAUACAUUGUCUAUGAUAAUUUGAGGUUGUCCAUUGUAACAUAACGGUAAAUACUGGACCAAUACAGUCUUGGAUUAAGGCACUGAUCCGUGUUAAGGGAAAAAUGUCAGAAUGUCUUUUUUAAAGCACCUUUUAAGAAUACUACCAAUCAGUUUUCCAAUGCAAUUCCAAGAUCACGUGUUCUCAUGUAUUCCUCUUUUCUUACCUUGUCGCCAUCCACCUUUCUUUUUUUUUUUACAAGCCCUGCAUUUAACACUCGUUCCCUGAGGUUGCAUAAAGUUUAAUGACAGAAAUCAAUAACAGGCAGGUAGGAAUGGUGUAGUAGAAGUGUGUCAUGGAGAGGCACAAACUCCAAUCUGGCCCCGCAUUAAUCCUCAUUAAGUGAGGUCAGCCACCAAUGCUUAUGAGGAGACGAGGACUGUAGCUGGUGCCCCAUGGACUGCCCAAGCAUUACAAAUGGACCUGAGCCCACUUAAGUCCUAUAAACAGACACUCUACUAUUCAGCAGAUGACAGGCCUGACAACACGACAGCAACUUUUGAUGUAUUAUUCAUCCAUUCAUGUCCUGUUAUUUGCAAAUAUUCCCAGCCUUUUUCCGCCUGUAUUGUGUGGACCCUUCUAAGCUUUUCCCAGAGAUGACACAUGGCUACAUUACUGGUUCCCCAUCAUCGGAAAAGCUAUUUGUACCCUCUUUCAAGUUUUGUUAGAAAUGAUGGAUCAUUUUGUUGCCUUGGUUACCAUGUUUGUUUUGCGAUUACUGUGACAUCAAUGGGGAAGUGCAACCUCAGUUUACCUCAGACCUGACCAAGCCCCAUAGGAAGGCAAAGAAUGUAUAUUUACACUUUAAACUGAAGAGGAAAAAACAAAAACGUUAGAACAGCAUGUUAAAGAAUGAGCAUCGACCUAAAGGUAGACGACCAUUUUGUAAUUUCAUCAUCUUUUAGUCUAGUAUUUUUGCAUUUUGUCCAUCUACUCUGUUCGAAAUGUCUUUUGUAGAAAAAAACAUCAGUUGAUAUGUCUGUGGCUUCAGCUGCUCUGUGCUUAAUUCUGGACACGAUCUGGCUCGUAGCACAGGGAAUGUCAGUUUUAAAGAAUCAGCCACAAUCAAGCCUCUAUGAAAUGCAACCCUUGGCAGAAUCUUAAAAUUGCGUACAUGUAUAUGUGUGUGUGUGUGUGUGUGUUUGCGUGCAGCACCAGUGCAAUAUAAAAGAAUUUCAAUAGAAGGAGGAGGUGCUCUAUUUUGCACAUCAGACUCUGAGACUGGACUGUGACUGAGAACUGACUUCCUCUAAACUGAGUGUUAGCUCUACCAAGUCCUUCAGCUCGGGCCUGGAGAUCUGUACCUGAGAGAUGUUGACAUCUUGUGUCAGAUUUAGGAAUAAAAUUACUGUGGCAGAGAUGCUUUAUGUUCUAUAGACCUGCAUUUGCUUGACUUGGCAGCCUGAUGGUUGUUGUUUUGUUUUUUUCCCCUUCUAGAUGUUGCAGUGUACGGUGUAUAUUGAAAAAAAAGAAAAAAAGUGUUCAUGUCUGUAAGAGUAUUUUGGCUAUAUAAGGAUUUAUUUUUUCCCAGAAGCCUUGAAAUCAUGCAAUGUUUUGUUUUACUUCGGUGCUAUAUACUUUGUAGCAGUAGUCCCUUUGAAUUAAAGUGACUGUCAUUUUCUACAGAGAGAAAAAGAGAACAAAUACAACAUGUCUGUUUUCAUUUGUUUGCUUUCUUUUCUUUUCUUUUCUUUUCUUUUCUUUGCUUGUGAUUUCUUUACCGUCAUUUCAGCAUCCCAAGGACUGACGGGAUAGAUGUACUUGAAAAAUAUUUAAGAAUGAUAAAAUUAUUAUUAUCGGUUACAAUAUAUAGAUGUCUGAAGAGAAAAGAAUGUGUGACUUAAGAAUAUUUGUUCAUGGCAUGCCAGUUCCAUUAGUGAGAAGAGACUGUUUUCUAUGAAUACGCAUGUCUUGCCUUGAAAACUCUUUGAAGUGUGUUUUGCUGUGUUUAUAUACUUUAUGUACAAUAAAAGACUGCAGCUGUGUGAAAAAGUGUUCACAAGAGAGGAGA